AGAAGGAGGAUUUCUAGCUCAAGAAUGGCCAACUACAGUCCACAAACCCAGACAACACCUAGAGCUGCACUGUGCAUUGGAGAUCCAGACGCUUUUGCAUCAGAAAUGAUUAAAUUGAUCAAUGAUAAAGAAUUCAGUGACAUUCGUUUUAUUGUUGGAGAGGAGCGGCAAGCCAUCUACGCCCACAAGUGUUUACUGGCCGCUAGGUGUGAAGUAUUCAAGGCCAUGUUUGCAGUCAAGGAUGGAGAAAGUUCAGCCCCUUUGGUUCUCUCAGAUAUCAGACCACAAGUAUUUCUGGCAGUGCUGGAAUUCAUUUACACAAACUGUUCUAGUUUAUCUACGGAUAUGGUUAUUGAUGUUCUGGCUGCUUCGGUUGAGUACGGACUAGAGGGCUUGUCAAAGUUGUGUGUUCGUUUCAUGAGGGAGUGCAUUGCUGUGGACACAGCCUGUGAAUUCAUCCAGGCUGCACUGACGUACCAGCAGAUCACUUUACAAGAAGAAUGUCUAUCAUUUAUCGAAGAGAAAACGGAGGUGGUGUUCAAGAGUCGGGGGUUCAAUGAAAUGUCAGACGAUGCUCUCACGUUUGUGCUGAGAUCUGACAAACUGAGACUGGGCGAGGCUGAAAUACUGGAGAAAGUACUCGAGUGGGCAACUGUCAACUCUGUUGUGACUGGUAGCAAUCUUGGAGAGGUGGCUCAGACGGUCAUCACUCAUGUACGCUUCCCACUCCUCCACCCAGACAAGCUCAGUGAGGUAGAAAAGGAAAACAAGAAAAGCAACCACAUACCUGUGACGUUGAUAUCUGGAGCGUGGAAGUUUCACGCCCUAAAGAAAGUGGACCCUCUGGACUUGCAGACACGCCCCCGUACUGGCACCCUCCCCCACGCCUCACUCAAGGUCCUCGGACUAGUUUCUUAACUUCAUAACUAUUGGUAGCUAUACUGCAUGAGCACAAGCAUUCAACUAUUACCAUCAUGUCACCUAAACAGCUUUAUGUUUUGUUUUUUAUGUCAAACGUUGUUAAGUCUGCAUUAAGUAAUACUUGGUUCAUAUUGAAA